ACUCUCCACUUCCACUCGGAGAGCGCCGUGGACAAUAAUUGAAUAAACCAACCAAGAAUCCAUGAUUAAUACUGCUAUCGCCGGCAGACGUCUAAUGAAAACAAAACCCUAGUUUCUCUCCUACUAUGGAUCUCUUAUAUUGUUCUUCUCCUCGAAUCUCAUCUGGUCAAUUAUUUAAUCCUCGUUGCUCGUCCACAUCUCGUAGUCACUCCCCUCGAGUUUUUACUCUGAGAUCAAGCUUACCGUUUCCGCCGGAAAACGCCAAGUACCACAGAGAACUUCAAGCAGCAGUAAAUGUCGUGGAAAAAUCUUGCCGUCUUUGCGUCGAUGUCCGGAAGUCCUUGUUUGGCAGCAAUGAACGAAUUCUUGAAAAAAAUGAUCAGACGCCAGUCACAGUGGCCGAUUUUGGGGUGCAAGCUCUAAUUAGCUUAGAGCUUAGUAGAUUGUUUCCAUCAAUUCCUUUGGUGGCUGAAGAGGACUCAAAAUCCAUACGUUCAACUCCUCUGUCGCAAGCUGUAGUAAGUGCUGUAAUUGAUAAAGCAAGUCUUGGAGACGAAUUAUUAAGCCAAGAUGAUGUCUUGGAAGCUAUUGAUAGAGGUGGAAAGGAUGCAUUUGCUUUUGGAACCAAGCCUGCUAUUUAUUGGGUACUUGAUCCAAUUGAUGGCACUAAGGGCUUUUUGAAAGGUGGUGAGGCCUUAUAUGUGGUAGGUCUGGCUCUUGUAGUCGAAGGGGAAAUCGUGUUAGGGGUCAUGGGCUGCCCCAAUUGGGAAGGAAAAUUUUCCAAACAACUAACUGCAGAAGACCAGGAAGAUAGAACACUUCUAUCAGGAUCAGGGAUAGUUAUGGUUGCCCAUAUUGGUUGUGGAACAUGGAGAAAGAGGUUAUCAGAUAUGCUGGUUGACAGGGUUGAAGUGCAUAGUGAUUGGGUCAGAUGCUUUGUGGAUAAGUGUUGCUUGGUUCAUGAGGCGCGCUUUUGUAUUUCUGAUAGUCAAACUUGGGAAUCAUUGCCUAUAUCCAUCUUGUUCAGCUCGACAAAUAAUGCUGAUAGUAUCGGAGAUAGACAAAUUACCCUUUUACCAACAUGUUGUGGAAGCUUGUGUAAGUACUUAAUGGUGGCUUCUGGUAAGGCUUCAGUUUUCAUUCUUCAAGCAAGGACUCAAACUAUUAUCAAGGCUUGGGAUCAUGCUGCUGGAGUCAUAUGUGUACUUGAAGCCGGUGGACAGGUUACUGACUGGAAAGGGAGUCAAUUUGAUCUUGCAGCAGAUCAAGUUGAGCGAAGGGUCAUCUUUAUUUCAGCUGGUGUGCUUGUGACAAAUGGUAACUUACAUAAACAGAUCUUGGAGAUUAUCUCUGUUAGUUCCUCUAUUGUUUGAUUUGACAAUUGUAAACAUUUUUUAAAUUAUGAGAUAUCUCUUAUAAUGAUGUUCUUAGAUUGCACUCAUAAGGACUCUACAAAUCGUCUUGAGAAUGUUGACAUCAAAAUCACUAUUAUUUGGGACA